AUGUCAGAAGAAAUGAUUAUGUCUACGAAUGAACAUCCAAUCAAAAUUGAGCCACCCGAAUAUCCAGUAGAAGAUGUUAAAUGCGAAAAUGAGGACAAAUUUGAUGCCAUCGAUGCUAUUGUGACAAUUGAAGAUGAAGUCAAACAGGAGUCUUAUGAAUGUGACAUUUGUAAUCAAUCAUUUACAGAAUCACAUCAUUUAACAAAGCAUAUGAUUAAUCACAGCGAAGAAGGUCCCUUCAAAUGUGAAGUCUGUCAUAAGAUUUUCAAACAAUCUAAAAAGUUGCAAACACACAUGAAUAAACAUCCGGGUAAAAGAUCUUUCAAAUUUGAAAUAGGCAAUAAGACAUUUAAUAAUAAACGCAGGAGAGAGCAUCUUUAUGAAUGUGAGAUAUGCAAUAAGACAUUCACACAAUUAGGUCAUCUAAAGAGACACAUGGUCAUUCACAGUGGUGAACGUCCCCACGAAUGCAAUGUAUGCAAGAAACAAUUCCAACUAGUAGAUUAUCUGAAAAAACACAUGCUGAUACACAGUGGUGUACGCCAAUAUGAAUGUAAUAUAUGCAAUAACACAUUCACACAAUUAGGUCAUCUGAAAAGUCACAUGCUUGUUCACAGUAGUGAGCGUCCCAAUGAAUGCAACAUAUGCAAUAAGACAUUUAAACAUUUAUCUCAUCUGAAGAGACACAUGCUCAUUCACAGUGGUGAACGUCCUCACGAAUGCAAUGUAUGCAAGAAACGAUUCCAACUAGGAAGUCAUCUGAAACAACACAUGUUGACGCACAGGGAUGUACAUCCAUAUGAAUGUAAUAUUUGCAAUAAAACAUUCACACAAUUGGGCAGUUUGAAAAGUCACAUGCUCAUUCACAGUGGUGAACGUACUCACGAAUGCAAUGUAUGCAAGAAACAAUUCCAACGAGCAAGUCAUCUGAAAAAACACAUGCUGAUACACAGUGGUGUACGCCCAUAUGAAUGUAAUAUUUGCAAUAACACAUUCACACAAUUAGGUCAUCUGAAAAGUCACAUGCUUGUUCACAGUGGUGAGCGUCCCCAUGAAUGCAACAUAUGCAAUAAGAAAUUCGCAAUCUUAAGCAAUCUGAAAAGUCACAUGCUCAUUCACAGUGGUGAACGUCCUCAUGAAUGCAAUGUAUGCAAGAAACAAUUCCAAGUAGUAAGUUAUCUGAAACAACACAUGCUGAUACACAGUGGUGCACGUCCGUAUGAAUGUAAUAUAUGCAAUAACACAUUCACACAAUUGCGUAGUUUGAAAAGUCACAUGCUCAUUCACGGUGGUGAACGUCCUCACGAAUGCAACAUAUGCAAUAACACAUUCACACAAUUAAAUAAUCUGAAACGUCACAUGCUCGUUCACAGUGGUGAGCGUCCCCAUGAAUGCAACACAUGCAAUAAGAAAUUCACAGACUCAAGCAAUCUGAAACAACACAUGCUCGUUCACAGUGGUGAACGUACUCACGAAUGCAAUGUAUGCAAGAAACAAUUCCAACGAGCAAGUCAUCUGAAAAAACACAUGCUGAUACACAGUGGUGUACGCCCAUAUGAAUGUAAUAUUUGCAAUAAGGCAUUCACGCAUUUAGAUUAUCUGAAAAGUCACAUGCUUGUUCACAGUGGUGAGCGCCCCCAUGAAUGCAACAUAUGCAAUAAGACAUUUACAGGAAAAGGUAGUCUGAAAAAACACAUGGUCAUUCACAGUGGUGAACGUCCUCACGAAUGCAAUGUAUGCAAGAAACGAUUCCAACUAGAAGAUCAUCUGAAACAACACAUGCUUGUUCACAGUGGUGAACGUCCUCACGAAUGCAACAUAUGCAAUAAAACAUUCACUCAAUUGGGCAGUUUGAAAAAUCACAUGCUCAUUCACAGUGGUGAACGUCCUCACGAAUGCAAUGUAUGCAAGAAACGAUUCAAACGAGCAAGUCACCUGAAACAACACAUCAAUCUGAAAAGUCACAUGCUCAUUCACAAUGGUGAACGCCCCUAUGAAUGCAGCAUAUGCAAUAAGAAAUUUCAAAGAACAUAUAGUCUGAAAAAACACAUGAUGGUUCAUGACUCCUCGCAGUCAUGAAUACAAUACAAUCGAAGGAUUUAAAGAGACACA